GUCUCGAAGUGACAGUAAACGUGUGGCUCUUCAGUUCAGCUGCUAACACUUUUCAUCAACAAAUCCGUAGCUAAAUAUUAUUUUUAUAUUUUUGACCAUACACCAAAUUUUUAACAUUUUAGAAAUUAUUAAAGUUUACAAGGUAUUUGUGGUAAACAAAGAAGCUGAGCAUCUUGUUUUAGUUCACUGGUUAAUUUUAUUAGUACAAAGUGCCGUAUACUUAAAGAUCUAAGAAUUAAUCACCGAUAAGACAUCGGUCAAGUGCAGUUAUUGAUAUUGAAUCAAAUAUUGCGAGCUCAAAGGAAGUGAUUCAUUCUCUGACGGGUUAAACGCUCGUUAAAAAGCAAGUUUUUCGUAAUUCCGAUGGUUUUCUCGCUGCAACGAAGCUCGAACGAGUGAGUUAAUGAUACCUGAACUGUUUUCUUACCGGGCCUUGAUAACAUCGGAACUUCUCGACUGUUUUGCGUGCAGUGUGUUGUGGGUUGCCAGCGAAUGGAUCGUUUCCCUUGUAUUCGCGCACUGCAGUCACUUGGUAAACAUGCGUUUGCUUGCUUUUACGAAUAAACGAUCGACCGAGGAAGCUGGAAUGAGAGGUAACAGCUCACGAUGCACCCGCACCGAGUCUGAAAAACUGCGGCAAAGGACUCGACAAAGUGUGCGGCAUCGAGUAUAUUCAAAAACAAUAAUCCUUCCCAUGUUCCUGCGGCAUCGUUCGAAGGAAACAGAAAUAUUUCAAAAGUCAUUACAAGACAUGUCUCAAGUUCCUCUGAUUACAAAUGGAGAAACCGCCACAACAGAGUCCUCAGCCUCCAACAUGGUGAUUCUUGAGGCCGGUCUACCUGGAGACACAUGGAGAUACUGCGUCGAAAGGGAGCGACUUGCUGAAAAGUCGGAGCUGUUUCGUGCGAUGCUCAUCGGACCUCUUGCGCCUGCACCAAGCGACCCUCCACCUCUCCUUCAGCUGAAGUAUGUGGAAAAACGUGCUUUCGAUUAUCUACUCAGACAUCUUCUCGACGAGCCCAUCAACUUUCAAUCGGUGUCCACGGCUAGAGCGACCCUUGACACAGCUCAUCAGUACCUUUAUCCGGAUUUGGCACGCCUUGCCGUCGAGUAUCUCGAAAAUAACCUAAAUUCGAAUACCGUGCUGGAAAUUUAUCAGGGUAUCAGUCUUUAUGCGAAUAAUGUAAUUUCUGGGCUCAACAAAACGUCGUUCGAUUCACCAACGGCUCCUCCAACCCCUGGAGACGACGCUGGGGAAAUAGCUGCAGUGUGUACGCGACUUCUUCUCGCCUGCCUGGAGGUAAUCGACUCAGAUCCAGAGGUCGUAUUAAAUCAGGAACGUUUCGAAGAGUUAACCGCCGCUGAAGUUGAACAAUUAGCAUGUCGGGACACUUUGAGGUUGGCGAACGAGUCUACGCUUUUCUUCGCAUUGGACAGGUGGGCUGCAUCCGAAUGUAGAAAACAGGGGAUGGAACUAUUAGCCAGUAAUAAAAGAACCACACUGUCCGAUGAAGUUUGGUAUAGUGUUCGAUAUCCUCUUAUGACCGAUAAGGAGUUCAUCGAGGGUCCAAUGGCAAGCGGUAUUCUCUCCAGCGAGGAAUCUGCAUUUAUUCUUGCAAGAAUUCUGGGACAUUCUGAAAAUCAGGAGGAAAAGUUUCGAAAUUCUGUCAGUGGUCCAUUAUCCAGGCUAUCGAGUACACCAAGGAUUGGUGUCAGAACGUACAAGGAUCAAAGUUGCAAAAUGUCGAAACCCGGGAAGAAGGAGUGCCAGGAUAAUCGAAAGAACAGGAGAAAAGAGUGCGCAAGUCAAGGACAAAGGACUUGUGCAAGAAUAGGAAAUUGUCUCGUACGUGUUCUCGCCUGUAUUUUCGAUUGAACGUUGAAGAGCUACGAAAGAAAACAUCGAAGAAAUCUACACAUUGAAUCUCCCACCGAAAAUGAACAUUUCUCUAACAGUUUGCUGAAUCUACAAUACCGUUACACCCAAAAGCUUUAUGUUUAUUUAUGAAACGAAGCGGCUCACGGUUAAAUCCAGGAUAAUUGUCUAUUAAAUAUUAAAACGCAUGGAGUGUUAUUCAGAAUUCGUGUUAUAGAACUGCUUUGGUUUUCGUGUCGUUCCUUUUGUGUUAUUUUUAUCAGCAAUCGACGCUUUGCAGCAGAAAAGCUGAAAGAGGCUGAAAUUUUAUUGUACUUUUUUUCGCUACCUCCACGAGCUUUCAGAUAAAAUGUUCCUCCUUAUGAAAUAUUUCUUAAGAGAGACGAAAGGCUUUUAGACGAUUGAAAUGGUUUUAUGCUCUACGAAAAUAAUUGUGUCGCUUUUAUUGCAUCCGAUUAUUCCUGUAAGUAGAGUAGUAUCGUGUUUUUAUAAUCGAUACAUUUUCAAUAUUUUCGCGAUGAAGCCAAAGAAAUUUACUUAGAACCAUUGAGCACGAUAAAAAUAUUUUUAUAAUUGCGUUUUUAAUGUCGAUAGAUUUUUUAGAAAUUUCGGAAAGUCCGUUUUAAAAUAUGUGUAUUAUUUAUGAGGCCAAAUGCGUUGAAAAUCGACUUGAAAUUAGGCUACCUUCGUUGUUCAAAAUUUUAACCUUUGCGUAUAAGUCCCACGAAAAUGUUCAUAGCGUUUAUCUUAUGUAACGAUCGAAGACUGAAAAUUCCAAACACGAAUUCUCCGUACGGAGGAUAGUUAAUAUAUUUGGAAUUUGCAGUUUUCCAUUGCCACUAUUAACGUUAAUUGAGGCAUACUCGCUACGUUUGUUGUGUUCAUAGUUGCUGUUCAGAGUAUAAUAGCGUUUAAAUUUAUGAGUUAUAGAGUGAAACCAUGGCUGGUCCGUGUGAAUGUGAGAUGUACAACACAGACUUGAUUUUUUACGAAACUUUUCUAUCGCUAUUCAGUACUUUAUGCGAAACCUUUGAAAAUGGUCACAAAUUGCUAUUUGUGAUCCGAACACUUUCACGUAUCUUUGAUGGCACGUUUUUUAAGAUUUUCUAGUUCUUUCGCGUAACGAAUCAUACGAAUCAUUGCAUGACUCCAAAUGAUUUUCCUUUUCUUAAUGAAAAAUUUAGAUAAUUCAAAAGAAAAGUCAAUUUGGAGAUGGCAUGUUUUAACGUGUUCGAUUUAGAUUUAUACAUUCAGGAAGCCUAGAAAUAAAAGUAAAACGAAUCAGUUUUAUUUCAUUCUAUAAUAUAAUUAAUAUUUUACAAACAUUGAUUCAUUUUUCAAUCAUUUUUAUUUAUUCUAGUUUUAGGAAGAUUAGUCAUUUCUUAGCCAUUAAAAAUACAAGA